AUGGUUUACAAACGCGUAUUAUGCAUAGCUGCUUUGUUCACUGUUAUAAUGUCUUCGGCACUAUUACCCCUUUACUUCCGUCUCUCCCAUGAGGCUCAGGUUAUAUUGCUGGAUUUCUUCAUCGAGAAGACCAAUGUGCUUUUUACGUAUAACGAGAAUUUGGAGAAGGAAGCCUUUUAUUAUGCCAAGAACAGAUUCCAUAUUGUCCCCCCAACCAAAGUCCACGAAAUUGCAUUCUUCAACCACACUGGUAAACCUGUGGAUGAUGUGUUCAUUGCUCAGAGUGUCAUUGGAUUUUGGCAAAAUGAGACAUUCCACUUCGGAACUGACUGGCAGGUAAGGCAAGAGUAA